CCAUAAAAUCAUGUCAGCAUAUGACACCAAGAUACAGAUUCGACCCAUCUUUUCCAGCUCUAUCCGAUGAAGUGAUUCUCAUUGACAUUAUCAAACACUUAAUGGUAGAAAAGAAACAACUUUUGAAAACUUUUCAAAGUUUUAGUACAUUGUAUACCAUUAAACAACUAUUAGUAAAAAAGAAGCCAUUGCAAUACAUAUUAACCUAAACUAUAAAACAUUGUGAAUCUAGACGAAGCCAAAGACCAUUCAUGGAGCAGAAGAUCUCAAACUUUCAAAAACGAGGAAAACCGCCUUCAGAAGUUGUUUUUUGUUAUCAUUAGGUAUUUUUUAAUCUCAAUGAGAAUCACUUCAUCGGAUAGAGCUGGAAAAGAUGGGUCGAAUGCGUAUCUUGGUGUCUUAUGCUGACAUGAUUUUAUGGAGGAAAUAUGGUUUACAAAACAGGGCUACUUUUCAGAAAAAUCGAUCUUUUUAAAACUUCUCAACAUUUUGGAACUUUUAGUCCGUCAGGAAUUUUGCAGCGCAGGAAUAGGUUGUAAUCUGACGGUACCAGCUCAUGAAAGUGUUUCUCUAAAGUACGAUGAAAAUGCCCGGAAACGCAUUUCGACAGCUGCUAUUAAAAUUCAAUGGAAUACUGUUAUCCGUUCAUUUCUGUUACAAUUUUUAUUGGCCAUGAUUGUUAUGCGCACUCGUUUCGGGUUUGAAUUUUUUCAAUUUUUGGGUAAUGAAGUUUCAUCAUUUAUGGAUUCUGUUAUACCAGCAUGUACAUUUGUUUAUGGGCAAAAUUAUCUCGAUCAUUUUUUUGUCUUCAAAAUCACAUCCAUUAUUAUAUUUCUUGCUGCUAUAAUUGGUGUAUUAUAUUAUUACGGUAUUAUUCAAGCUAUUAUAAGUAAAAUUGCAUGGUUUCUUCAAUACUUACUGAAUACAACAGCAGCUGAAAGUGUUUUUGUUGUGGCUAGUGUUUUUUUGGGAAUGAGUGAAGCACCGUUGCUCAUUCAACCAUUGAUAUCAAAACUCACACCAUCGGAAUUACAUGUACCAGCUACUCAUCUAAUUGCUGCCUGCGUAAUGGCAGCACCAGGCGCACUUGGAUUUUCAAAAUUACUUUUUCCAGAAACACGUAAAUCAAUAACAACAUGGGAUAAUGUUAAAAAUGUACAAUUACAUGCACAAAAUAAUGUUGUUGAAGCCUUAAUAACUGGUGCAGUUAAUGGUUUAAAAAUUAGUGGUUUUGUCAUAGCAGCCCUUAUCGCAUUUAUUAGUGUAUUGACAUUAACAGAUAAUGUAAUAUCAUGGAUAUUUUCACUUGUCCAGCAUCCCGAAGUUAAUUUUCAAUAUCUUCUAGGUUUAGCAUUCUAUCCAUUUGCACUAUUAACCGGUAUUCCGAUGGAAGAUUGUUUCGUAUCAUCGAAUUUGAUCGGAAUAAAAAUAAGUUUAAAUGAGGUAAUGUAUGGAGCCCUAGUGAAUGUACUAAAGUGUUCUGAGUACCCAUGA